AAAGCGCCAAUGGCGGUAGCUGGGUGCCUCAUCAUUAGUUUCAUUAUCCAAUAAAACUCUCGCAAUGGACGACUUCAUCUCUUCAGAUUUCAUCGUGACUUAGGUUUUCUUCAAAUUUUUUGCAAAAUCCAAUUUUGUUACGCUAAAAACCAUUCGAAAGCCCACCAUCAAUUUAUUGAUGGCGAAGAAAGUAUCAAAAAAUUGAUGAGUGAGAUGUUCACUGCCAUAUGCUCGCUGCCCCUUGCUUGUUUUUUUUUUCAUUCAAUCCCUCCUUUACUAAUUUCAGUGAAAACAUGAUCCCUGCAGACCAGAAAUUGAAUCGAAUUAAUGGAGCAUUUCCAAAUGUAACUCAAUUAACAAUGGCCCACAUGAAUUACACCUGGAAGGACAUCGAAGCGUGUAUAUUAAUGUUCCCAGCUUUGCGGAUACUAUCUGUGCCAUUUAAUAAGGCCAAUACUCUAGACAUGCCGAUAAGUAAUUCUCCGCUAGUGAGACUUGAAACAGUAACCCUGGAAGGAAAUUCGAUAGCCGAUUGGGAGGAGGUUCUGAAACUGGCUUGUUUAGAAUGCUUGGAGAAUCUCAACUUGAAUUCUAACGUAAUCGAGAGGAUAACAUUCUCGAAUGAUGGGGAGGGAGGAAAAACGAGACUAUUUCCAGCAUUAAAGCACAUUCAUUUAUCCAGCAAUUUGAUAUCAGAUUGGAGUUCUGUUACCGAACUAGAAAAACUACAAAAUCUCGAGGACCUCAAAUUUCGUGAUAAUCCAGUGUUGAAUGCAGAAUCUCCCGAAACAGCCCGACAAUUGAUUAUCGCAAAAAUUUCGAGACUGAAGGUGCUAAAUGCGACAGAAAUCUCAGUGAAGGAAAGACGAGAUGCAGAGUACGAUUACAUGAAACUGUUUGCCAAGGAGUGGCUCCAGUUAUCUGAAAAUUGUGAUAUACCUAGGAGGGAAUUCUUGGCGGUUCAUCCGAGAUUUCCAGCAUUAGUCGAGAAGUAUGGUGGUCCAGAGAUAAUAAAUUGCAAAGCUGAUGAGAUGAAAUCUGAUGUAAUAAUUAUAGAAUUUGUCAGUAUGAAUGAUUCAUUACAGGGAAAAUGUGUGAAAAGAAAAGUAUUGAAGGAGAUGGACGUUCAAAAGUUAACAGGAAUCGCUCAACGAUUAUUUAAAAUUGGUGGAAAAAUUCCAAUAUUAUCAUUUGUACAGUCGAAAUUAUCUAGAGAAGAAAUCCCUCUGGACAAACCUCUUCAACAACUGAAAUACUACUCAAUCCAAAACGGCGACAGAGUAUUGGUGCGUUGGUGACACGUGCUGAUAAAAAUUAAACUAGAAUCUAAAAUAACAAAAAUUAAAUAAAUGAUUAUCUCAACUAAAGAACAAAUUGUCGCCGUACUCAUUCUUACUAGUAUUAUUUUUUUAUUAAAUGAUAAAAUAAUUUUAUAAAACUAUCAAUCAAUAUUUUGUAAUUAAAUACUUUUUUAUAUUACAAAUAUGCCACUGGUAUUAAUUUUGCUGAG